AGAUGCUGAGUAAUUAAUUAAUUUUUUUUUGCUACUUGAUUCCAGACAUUUGAGGAUAAAAUGUACUCCGUAUAAAAGAAAUGCGAGUAUAUAUCUUUGUUCGAGAGGAUGAAACCCCCAAUCUGCUCAAACCAGAACCGGCCAGGCGGCCAUGACCCUCAAAAUUCAUACUAUAGUCUCCUUGUGUGCGUUGAUGUCAUGCGCAGCUCAAAUGAGGGCCCAAGAUGAUCAACCACAAAAUUUUCCUCCUCCCUGGAAUAAUCCAGGUAAAUAUACACUUCCCAUAACUAUUCCAAUUUUUGGGGUGAUUAUCCUCGGUAUUCUGAUCACAGUGUUACUAUUUAAAAGAAAGAGUAUUAGUAGCCAUGGAUUAAUUUUUGGUUUUUGGAUGCUGAUGUGGUUUGGUAGUGUUGCUCUAAAUACAUGGGAUAUCCCUCAUGUUUCCAAAUCGAUAGUGGGUUUCAACAUUAUUGUCAAUAUAUUAGGUCUAAUUUAUUGGAUACGCUUAGGCAUGACGGAGUACAAAAGGAAAAACACAUGGCCAUUCAACCUAAUGUUCGAGAUUGGGGCCUGGUUUUCUAUGUUUACUUUGAGCUGUGUUGAAGUGUUUGUAUUGCUCUUGGUCGGAAAGAAGCAGUAUAAUCAAGUAGCUAAUUGGUACCCAGUGGCAAUCGCUUCUAUUACGAUGCUAGAAAACCUCUGGACAAAGGGUAAAGAAAUUAGAGCGCAACGGUUGAAAUCACAACUUGUUAAAGAUGUAGAGAAUGCGUUUCAUGAAUUCAUAGAGGUUUGCAUGAAAGACCCACAAAGCUGUAAUAUAACAGAGUUCGACCAAAAACUAAAUGAUUUCACUAAAUUGUUCGACGUUUUAGUUGCCCAGCAACGGGAGUAUCUAAGUGUAGCUCAACAGAAGAUGGCCUAGAUGCAGCACGCUUGACCAGGUGUUCUGAAAGAAGGAUAUUAGACAUUUAGAUCCAAACUUGGCGAGUCAGGGAGAUCAGGCGGCGUAGGCUAGCAGAACACAAGGACACAUCAGCAACUUAUAUUUUGUACAAAUAAGCAAAAUAUCUAUAAGCAAUAAAGAAACUACGAAGUAUAUUUUUUACAUUUUUUCAGAUUACUUGUGUGUAAUGACAUUAUCAUUUUCUUAUGCUUUUCCCAUACAUUCCCAAAAAAGUAUAAGAGUUUUUCAAUUUUUAUCAAUUUUAUAGAAAAAUCAUAUAAAUGACAUACUUUUGGUUGAAGG